AAACAGACAGCUGCUGUCUACAGCUCUCACACAAAGCUGCCAGUGGACUGAGGACUUCGGGCAGGUCACCAUGGAAACGUAACGUUAGAUACGUUAACGGACUCUCAACUGUCAAUAAACAGUGUUUAAAGAGAGAAGUCAGCCCUACCUAACGUGAUGGAGUUCCCGCAGCAUUCCCAGCAGCUGCUGGCAGCUCUGCGUUCACAGCGCCAGCGGGGUUUCCUUUGUGACUGCACAGUCCUGGUGGGCUCAUCCCGUUUUCUGGCUCACAGGGCUGUUCUGGCUUCCUGUUCGCCUUUCUUCCACAUGUUCUUCUCAGACUCUCCAGGGGUCAUUGGUGGAAACGGCACCAGCAGCUCUGUCACACUCGACAGCGACAUUGUCACGGCUGCUGCGUUUGGAUUGCUCUUGGAAUUUGUCUAUGAAGGUGUGCUGCAGCAGGGUGAGUCUCCACCCGUGGAGGACAUAUUGGCGGCUGCAAGCUUUCUGCACAUGAACGAGGUGGUGAGAGUCUGCAAGAGACGAUUGCAGAGACGAGGACCUCUGGCUGAGGCAGACAGCACUCGAUCUGAAGAGAGCGCUGGUGCAAGGAGGGCAGUAGAAACAGGAAGAGGGGGUGGGGGUGACGGAGGAGAAGAGCCUGUGGUGGCCAUGGCAGGAGAUCAUUUGAAUCCAGUUGCCAUGGCAGCGCCACUCUCAUCAGAGAGAAGUCAGUUGGAGCCUGUGAAGUGUGAACGGAGGACUGGUGGGGGGUCAUCAGAGGCACGAGUUCAGACUCCUCUGAGCCCUGACCUCGCUGAUACCACGCAGCCAGGCAUGGACGCCCCUCCUCUGCUCCCAUGUGGAGAGCUUGUUCAGGAUGUCAUCACAGGUCAGUCUGCCCCUGCCUCAGGGGGACACGCCAGGCUGGGGACUUGAGCUCCUGGAGAGGGGUCAGCUCUCUGUAGCCCAUGCAGCACCACUGAGACAUACAGCCACAGCAGUAACCAGCAGCCUUCCUCAUCUUCUUCCUCCCUAGUGCCAGUGAGCCAGGCUAGUGGUCGGUCAGUAGUUGCUUAUUCCCAGUCAGGACCCAGCCCCCAGCAGGACGCACCCCGACUGCCACACAGUGACUCUGUAAGCAAACCCUCAGAGGCUGACCACAGAGGUACAUCAGGCAGAGGACAACAGAUGGUCAUGUUAAUCCAGCCAUCAGCACUAACUUCACAUAACCCAACACACUCGCCACCACUGCAUGCAUUUCCCCAGAUUCGAAUCCAGAGCGCUGUGUCGCUCCAACGCCAAAGCUUGGACUUCCACUCUGCUCCUCAGAACCAAACCCCGAAGGCACCUGAGGGGAAUGUGGGAGCUUCACCCACUGCUAGAAGUGAAAGAUCUCACCCUCCUAUGGGCAGAGCGAGGACAGACAAUGAUGACGGAGAGAAUGUGAAAGUCAAAGUGGAGGCCAUUGUUAUAUCUGACGAAGAGCUAGAGGAGGAGAGAGAGGAAAGUAGAGAAAGAGAACAAGUGAUGGAAGUAGAAGAUGAGUUUGAAGAAGAAGAGGAGCUGCACAGCCCUCAGUUUCUCUCCUCCCACCAACAGGGCCUCUUACAAAUGACCUCCCAUUCAAAUGACUAUUCCUUCCCCCUCUCUCCCUCCUCUUCCUCCUCUGGUGCCGGGCCUUCCUCACAGGACACUUCUUCCUUCGCCCACAUUCCUCCGUCUGCAGCUCAGCAGCAUUCAGACCCUCCUGCCUACUUCCAGGACUUCCAGGACUCUAUGGGGAACUUUGUGGAGGACGUCCCCACAUGUGGAGUAUGUGGAAAGACUUUCUCAUGUACAUACACACUAAGGCGCCACGCCAUCGUGCACACACGUGAACGUCCUUAUGAAUGUCGCUACUGCUACCGGAGCUACACGCAAUCGGGUGACCUGUACAGACACAUACGCAAAGCUCAUGACCACACACUGCCAGCCAAACGCAGCAAGGCAGACGGGGACCCCUCACUGCCACCACAACCGCCCCCACCACCACCACCACCACCACCUCUUAGCUAACACACACCAACACACACUACUAUAUUUCUAUACUCAUGCACACAUACAUACCUAAACUUUAACUUAAUAACCAAACUCUAAUUCUAUAUUCAAACCUAAAUUGAGCAGAGCUGCAACAAACAGUUCAUUUUCAAAUGAAUUUGUUGGUUCUUUUCUCAAUUAUUUGUUUGAAAUAUAAAGUUAUUAAAAAUGUCACACAUCACAGUUGCCCAAAGCCCAAGGUGAUAUCUUCAAAUGUGUCUAAAUAUUGUCUUAAUAUUUUCAAAUUUGCACCUUGCAGACACCCAGGCCUUUAUAAGUACAGAAAUACAAGAACUCACACACAGAGUAAACACCAGCGAUGUGGCAGUGACAUCAGCACUCAUUCAUUAAACACUUUAUGUUCAUGUGUGACUGUUGUCUCUUAACCCUGAAACUGAUCUGAUCUCUUUUUUUUAAUUUAAGAGGCAUUUUGAGGCAUAUGUUUGUAAUAGUUUUAAUACCUUUAUAAUAAUGUGAUAAUACUAAUCUUUUUAAGCAUCAAGCAUUUUUAAGCAUUUUUCAAAAUCCACGUGACAAAGUGCUUCACAAGGCAGCAAAAAAACAGAAAAGUCAUUAAAUCAUCAGGUUAAAAAAAACUGAUAAAAAACAAUGUGGUGUAUUGAAUCCAAUACAGUGUAGGAAAGGGUAAGAAUAGGAACUUGUUAAGGAAAUAAAAGGCAAUUGAAAGGAAAUUGAAACUCAGUAAAAUUGGAAAAUUCUCUCUGAUUAAAUUAUUUUUUUAAGAAAGGACUUAAAGACCUCCUCCAAUGAAAACGUAUUACCCUUAUAACUUAUAAACCUUAUUAAUAUGUCAAUAUGGUGUUUUUAAAAUACUAUUAGACAUAUGAGCAACAUAAGCAGAUCGGAGAACUACAGUGACAGUCUCAAGAACGCACAGACUGCCAAGGUUUGUUACAUCACAAACCUAAGGAACCAAUCUCGUCAACUCACAGGGUGAGGCUCUUCAUAUCGUUUGCAUAAAGCUACUGGGAAAUUAAACGAUUGUUAUCAGAGGAGGAGCCAGGUUCAUUUUAACUUGUCAGAGCUGUCAAUGGGGAACAUGGUUUAUGUAACAUUAGCAGGUGCGCUCGAGCUGCAGCUGGGUGGCUGAGGGGUGGCUGGAGAUGGUGGUAGGGGCCAGUAUGCAUAUUCAUAGAUCUGCACAUACUAAAUAAGGCAAAUGUAUAAAAUUAAAUCUAAGCCAUUUUAAGGCAUGAAGGGAAGGGAUUUUUUUUCACGUAAUUCUGAUGAAUAGAAAUUAGUUUUGGGGGUUUAUCAUCAUUACAUCGACAUUAACUUAGGGCUUAUUGGUUGGCUCCAGAGCAGAGUUAGCCAAUGAAAAUUGACUAAACACAGGGUAAAAGUUGCCGGAGCUGAAAAGGAGCUGCUUUGCAUCACAUUUUUGUUGUCCUAUCACACGACUUCUUGGUUUUGUCACCAGUUCGCCUGUGCUUUAUGUUUAAGUUGUAACAAUGGUAACUACUACUGUCAGAAACCUUAGGUACCUAGCACACUAGCUAACUUAAUGAAAACAAGAAUAGCAACAUUUCCUCUAUUUGCUGCUGCUGGAAAAGUUAAAACACUAGAUGUUUACUUUUCAUUCUUUUAGCUGUUUUAUCUCUUUUUGAUGUUUUAGCCCCGUCUCAAAUAAAGCCCUGCUACUGGUGACAUUUUAACACUGCUGCUAGUCCUGGGCUGUGCAGUGUGAAAAGCCCUAAAGGUCAGAGAUAUAGCUGUAACAGAGGCCAUGAAAAGCAUUAAAAUUGAUCAGUAAUGUCUUUUUGGUUCUAGCAAGUAAAGAGGCAGUGGCAGUAAUCCUGGCGUGAUGAGGCGGAGGCGUGUAAAAUGGUCUUAAUUUAGAUUGUACUUUUUGAAAUACUUCUAACGUGGUAAAAACAUGGUUGCACAAGCAUUGUGGUGCUGCUCAAAACUAAAAUUACUGUCAAACGAGGAGCCAAGAUUCCUUUAUCAUUAUUCAUACAUUUGUAUGAGUAUAGAAAAUUAUCAAACACUUCAUUGUUGUAAGAAGAUUCAAUAAUGUUAAAAAAUGUUUCAAAGAGUUGUGUGAUAUCCUUCACUUUGUUCGCUAUAUUAACUCAGAACACAAAUAAGGGAAAGCUGUUGCAUUUUAACUUGAUCAGUUACAUGACAUGUAAUCUGUACGACUGCCUUUUCAGUUUGACUCUGUGCCAGCAAAGUUUGACUGACUGUAAAUGUAGUAGUGUUGUACUGUCUGGUGUUUUAUUUACAAAAUGAAACCUGCACAAAUUUUAAAAUUAUUAUCAGAGAGUGCCAUUUUAUAACUUGUAGUACACAGGGUUUUCACUCACUUUUACCUGUCAGAACAAUUGCUUUACUUUUCUGUGAUACUGUUCUCUAUUUCCAUGACUUAAUUUAAGUAGUGUAAAUGGGUGUGCCUGUAUAGCGAUACAGCCAUACAUAAUUAAACACGCACUUCCCAGGCAUUUCCACUUUACUCGCUCAUUAGAAAUUACUGGCGCCAACUAGCUGCCAAUAGGCCAGACCGGCACAUACGGGUCCUCUGCAAAACGUCAGGGCCACGCCCCUUUUUAGAGGAAAGAUAACAAAAGAUCCUGUAAGUGUCAGUACAAUUUGAUGUGUUUGAAUUAUAAUUCAUUCAUUCUGUAUGUAUUCAUUUCUUGUUAAAUAGGCAUUUCUUUUAUGGGCAUGUCUAAUAAUUGUUUUGUGACCUUGCCUGAACCUGAGCAUUCACGAUACCUUGUUAAAUUAAGGGUGAUCGCCA